AAGGUAGUACUUUGAAUGAAACAAAUUAAUGAGGAGACGGAGCUGUUAGACCUCAGCCUUGUCAAGGAUGCCAGGUGUGGGAAACAUGCCAAAGCUCCCAAGGACCCCAAGUUACGCGAACUCCUGGAUGUUGGGAACAUUGGGCACCUGGAGCAGCGCAUGAUAACAGUGGUGUAUGGGCCUGACCUGGUGAACAUCUCGCACUUGAAUCUCGUGGCUUUCCAAGAGGAAGUGGCCAAGGAAUGGACAAGUGAAGUUUUCAGCUUGGCAACAAACCUGCUGGCUCAGAACAUGUCCAGAGACGCAUUUCUGGAGAAAGCAUAUACCAAGCUCAAACUUCAGGUCACUCCGGAAGGGCGCAUUCCUCUCAAAAACAUCUACCGAUUGUUUUCAGCCGACCGGAAGCGAGUUGAAACUGCACUAGAGGCUUGUAGUCUUCCAUCUUCAAGGAAUGAUUCCAUACCUCAAGAGGAUUUCACUCCAGAUGUAUACAGAGUUUUCCUGAACAACCUUUGUCCCCGACCUGAAAUUGAUAACAUCUUUUCUGAAUUUGGUGCCAAAAGCAAACCAUACCUGACUGUCGAGCAGAUGAUGGACUUCAUCAACUUUAAGCAGAGAGAUCCCCGGCUCAAUGAAAUACUUUAUCCACCUCUGAAGCAAGAGCAGGUCCAAGUGUUGAUUGAGAAGUAUGAGCCCAACAGCAGCCUCGCCAAGAAAGGGCAGAUGUCAGUGGAUGGAUUCAUGCGCUACUUGAGCGGAGAAGAAAAUGGAGUCGUUUCACCUGAGAAACUGGAUUUGAACGAAGACAUGUCUCAGCCCCUGUCUCACUACUUCAUCAAUUCCUCACACAACACCUACCUCACAGCUGGCCAGUUGGCUGGGAACUCCUCUGUAGAGAUGUAUCGCCAGGUGCUCCUGUCUGGAUGUCGCUGUGUGGAGCUGGACUGCUGGAAGGGAAGGACCGCAGAGGAAGAGCCCGUCAUCACCCAUGGAUUCACCAUGACAACAGAAAUAUCCUUCAAGGAAGUCAUAGAAGCCAUCGCAGAGUGUGCAUUCAAGACGUCACCUUUCCCCAUCCUCCUGUCCUUUGAGAACCACGUGGAUUCCCCAAAGCAGCAAGCCAAGAUGGCCGAGUAUUGCCGAUUAAUCUUUGGUGAUGCCCUCCUUAUGGAGCCACUGGAAAAAUACCCACUGGAAUCUGGGGUACCUCUUCCAAGCCCUAUGGAUUUAAUGUAUAAAAUCUUGGUGAAAAACAAGAAGAAAUCGCACAAAUCGUCGGAGGGAAGUGGUAAAAAGAAGCUCUCUGAGCAAGCCUCCAACACGUACAGCGACUCCUCCAGUGUGUUCGAGCCCUCGUCUCCAGGAGCUGGGGAAGCGGAUACGGAGAGUGACGAUGACGACGACGAUGAUGACUGUAAAAAGUCCUCAAUGGACGAGGGAACCGCCGGCAGCGAGGCCAUGGCCACAGAAGAGAUGUCUAACCUCGUGAACUAUAUUCAACCUGUCAAGUUUGAGUCCUUUGAAAUUUCAAAAAAGAGAAAUAAAAGCUUUGAAAUGUCUUCCUUCGUGGAAACCAAAGGACUUGAGCAACUUACAAAGUCUCCAGUGGAAUUUGUAGAAUACAACAAGAUGCAGCUUAGCAGGAUCUAUCCCAAAGGAACACGCGUGGACUCCUCCAACUACAUGCCCCAGCUCUUCUGGAAUGCUGGCUGUCAGAUGGUGGCACUCAAUUUCCAGACUGUGGACCUAGCUAUGCAGAUAAACAUGGGCAUGUAUGAGUACAAUGGGAAGAGCGGCUACAGGCUAAAGCCAGAGUUCAUGAGGAGGCCGGACAAGCAUUUUGAUCCAUUUACUGAAGGAAUCGUAGAUGGGAUAGUGGCCAACACUCUAUCCGUUAAGAUUAUUUCAGGCCAGUUUCUUUCUGAUAAGAAGGUUGGGACUUACGUGGAGGUGGAUAUGUUUGGUUUGCCUGUGGACACAAGGAGAAAGGCUUUUAAAACCAAGACAUCCCAGGGAAAUGCUGUGAAUCCUGUCUGGGAGGAAGAACCUAUUGUGUUUAAAAAGGUAGUUCUGCCUUCUCUGGCCUGUUUGAGGAUAGCAGCAUAUGAAGAAGGAGGUAAAUUUAUUGGCCACCGGAUCUUGCCUGUGCAGGCUAUUCGGCCAGGCUAUCACUAUGUCUCCCUGCGGAAUGAGAGGAACCAGCCCCUGAUGCUGCCCGCUGUCUUUGUCUACAUAGAAGUCAAAGACUAUGUGCCAGACACAUAUGCAGAUGUGAUCGAAGCUCUGUCAAACCCAAUCCGGUAUGUCAAUCUGAUGGAGCAGAGAGCGAAGCAGCUGGCUGCGUUGACGCUGGAGGAUGAAGAGGAAGUAAAGAAAGAGGCUGAGCCUGGGGAAACCUCAUCAGAGGCAUCGAGUGAAGCCAGGACAACGCCAGCAGAAAAUGGGGUGAAUCACACAACAUCCCUUGCCCCCAAACCACCUUCCCAGGCUCCACACAGCCAGCCAGCUCCAGGUUCUGUGAAGGCGCCGGCCAAAACAGAAGACCUGGUCCAGAGUGUCUUAACAGAAGUAGAGGCGCAGACCAUCGAAGAGCUCAAGCAACAGAAAUCGUUCGUGAAGCUUCAAAAGAAGCACUACAAAGAAAUGAAAGACCUGGUCAAGAGACACCACAAGAAAACGGCCGAGCUCCUCAAGGAGCACACCACCAAGUACAAUGAGAUUCAGAAUGACUACCUGCGGAGGAGAGCAGCCUUGGAAAAGUCCGCCAAGAAGGACAGCAAGAAAAAAUCUGAACCCAGCAGCCCUGACCAUGGCUCAACGGCCAUUGAGCAAGACCUCGCUGCCCUGGAUGCAGAAAUGACCCAGAAGUUAAUAGACUUGAAGGACAAGCAGCAACAGCAGCUGCUCAACCUCCGGCAAGAACAGUAUUACAGUGAGAAGUACCAGAAGCGAGAGCACAUUAAGCUGCUUAUUCAGAAGUUGACAGAUGUUGCCGAGGAGUGUCAGAACAACCAACUCAAGAAGCUCAAGGAGAUCUGUGAGAAAGAGAAGAAGGAAUUAAAGAAGAAAAUGGAUAAGAAGAGGCAGGAGAAGAUAACGGAAGCCAAGUCCAAAGACAAAAGCCAGAUGGAAGAGGAGAAGACAGAGAUGAUCCGGUCAUAUAUCCAGGAGGUGGUGCAGUACAUCAAGAGGUUAGAGGAAGCACAAAGUAAAAGACAAGAAAAGCUUGUGGAGAAACACAAGGAGAUCCGCCAGCAGAUCCUAGAGGAGAAGCCCAAGGGGGAAGGCUCCUCCUCAGUGUUGUCGGAAACUUGCCAUGAGGAUCCCUCUGUUCCCCCCAACUUUACUCCCCCCAACCCUCAAGCUCUCAAGUGGUGAGCGCCGUCCUUCUAGCCAGCUGCAGAUGGAGCUGGAGCAAGAAUACCAAGACAAGUUCAAAAGACUGCCCCUGGAGAUUCUGGAGUUCGUACAGGAGGCCAUGAAAGGGAAAAUCAGUGAAGACAGCAAUCACGGUUCCGCCCCUCCCUCCCUGGCCUCAGACCCUGGAAAGGUGAACCACAGGUCUCCCUCCAGUGAGGAAGUGGAAGUGGAGAACCCAGGGAAAGAGUUUGAUACUCCUUUGUGAUGUUCCUGCCGGGCCUUCCAGAUAUGCACGACUGCUUGAACUCCAUCAGACUCUAAUGACAAAGAUCACUGCCUAGGGCCAUCUUCCUGAGAAGCAUCCCUUAGCCUGAGAUCCACACCGAAGCAAGAGUUCCAGAAGGAUCUGUGUGGAGGUCCCAUACCCCCGUUCCAUGUGUCAUGUGGAAACUAUUGCAGUCUAGAGAGAAGGGUGCAUGUAUGCAGGAUUUUUCUUUUCUUUUCGAUAGUAAAUUAAAAACAGGCAGCUCUCAGGCUCCAUGAAACAUGUAAUGAAGGACAAUGUCUUCUUUGAAGAAAACUUGAGGUCAUGUCUUCAUUUCAAGUCCCAGUGUAAAGUAUUUCAAAGUAAUAGAAAUAGUUUGAGAAAUGCAUAGCACCAUUUGACACUAUGGAACAUCCAAUUUUGACCAUUGUUUCCCUAACGGCCCCGCAAUUCUGUUUUCCAUGUUUUCAAGUUAACAUGUAUAUUAAAUUGCUUCCUCUUUUGCUUUGCAAGCACUGGUGGCUUGCAGUUUGCUAAUUUAUUUAUCACAGAAGCAUCUGUAUUUGCUAUUGACAUGGCUUUAUUAGAUACCAUAGUGACUCUUAUAUAGUUUCUUUUAUAAAAAAAAUCACUUGACUAUAUCAUUGUCUAGUGAAGCCAUUUCACUAUUAUCAAUAUGGAUUGUAUAUUUGGCUGUACACCUUUGGGUAUCUAUUGGUUGUUGUCCCAAAAUGAUGAAAAAGCUACAGCGGGUUUGUUCCAUUGAAGAAGAGUUGAACUGACAUGUAUUAAUCAGAAUUUCAGCUAGACUGAACAGGUUCCAGUGGGUUGUUUUGUUGUCAGAUAUUUUUUGUGGUUCAUUUAUUUUUACUGUAGAAAGGAAGAUAGCAUAUUUAUCUAAAUGCACAUGUAUAAUGAUACACAUUAUCUCCAUGUAUAUAUUACAUGCACCCUGCCAUAUAAGUGCACACACACACACACACACACACACACACACACACGCAUGAGUGUACAUGUGUGUUUAUUAAUUGGCAGUGACCCAAAUCUCUUCCAUAAGAUUUAAAAGCAAGUUCAGGGAUACAUGGACAGAAGAAAUGGGUCAAAUAUAUAUGUUACAUGGAUAUUAAAUUAUACGGAAAUGCUAAGAGUAAGUUUAUGGAGUCAUUAAUGCAACUUGAGGUAGACUUACAAUUUAGAAUAUAAAUUUGCUAAAAAAUUUUGUAGAAUCAAAAUUGGAUUUUAAGUAUCAGAUUUUGAGGUUGUUUUCAUGGUCAGAAUAUGCAAAAUACUUAGGAUAUAAGAGUACAAGUGUAUUACUCCUACCUUCAAUAAAUUUAAACUGAUUAAUUUCCAUUUUAUUCUAAUAGUAAUAAAGCUUUGGUUAUAUUUUAGUUUGUAUACUUACUGCACUUAGUCAUGUCUUUUUGAGUUUUUAUUUUAUUUUAAGGGGAAUAAGAGGAACAAAUUGUAUCAUGUUAAAGCUAAUAAAAACAUUAUUAAGAGGUCUUAAGAAAUAAUAAUUAUGUAGAAAAUAUGGUUUAGAGAGUGAGACAAAGGACAUUAAAACCCAAUAAUGAUAUGUUCAUGGCUUCAUUUUAUUUUAAAGAGAAUUUCUCUGGUUAUAAUUUAGCAAAGCAUUUUACAGUGCAAAAAAAAAACAGUUGUGUCCUGAAAUUUGUGUUUCAAGAAUUUAAUAUUUUUAUGGAAAUUGUUUUAUUUAACUUUAAGCAAUAACUAGGAUCAUAAUUAAGUUUUAAUCAAAAUGAAGGCUUGCUUCGAACACCGUGACAGUGUUUGAUAAAAAAAAAAAGCAUCUAGUGAGACACAAGGGGAAAAUCACAUCUCCUUUAGAGAUGAUUAUAUUUUAUCUGAAGAAUGAAGAGUGUUAAUUAGACACUUGCUAAAACUCACCUUCCACCGAAGAGAGAGCUUUUGUAAACCAUACUUCUUUUGCACUUUGAAGGAAAGGCAUUAUUCAGAAAGAAGUGGGAAUGGUCCAGAUGGAAUGCUGCAUUUUACAAACACAAUUAUAGACUGUCGAAAUUGGAGAAGAAUGAAUCAGUAACAGCGUUCAUAACCAAACAGUGGUGGUUAUUGCAGAACAUCGGAUUUCAUCAUUGUCCAUAUAGUGACUAAGGUUGGGUAACCUUGACUUUCAAACCCUGUUUUGGUAGUUGGACUUCAUUACCUUGGUGAUUCUGGUCAUUUUCCAAUGUUUUGUAUUUGGUCAUUUACUGUAAUCACAUUUUUAUAUCUGUACAGUGACACUUUUUGCAGUUGUGGGCUAGUGUGUAACACUGUGCAUCUUGCAUCGCUGAAACUACUACCGUGAUACUAUCCAUUAAUAAUAUUAAUAUUACUUGAACAUAGACAAAGGUAAAGAAAAGGGGUCUCUAUGAUGUGCAGUUUUGUGCCUUUAUGUAUUUGCCUCGUUCUUUGUCUAAUGUGUGAAAUUCUGUACUGUGGCUUUUCCUAUAAUAGAGAGUAGAGUCAUGCAUUAAAUGACAGUGUCUGUCCCUGACACCUUUAAAACUACUGAGAAUAACGUGGUUGGGUCGUAUAAAUCAGUGUUCAAAGUUCUAAUGACAUGCCAUUGGUGUUUAACAUUUCAGUGCCACCGUACAUUAAUUAGUACUCCUGUAAUAGAUAAGCAGUCAUUAAUUAAGUUCUGAAAGAAAGGGUCAUUGCUUGCUCUCCUUUGACUUUAAUGCUGCCCUUGUACACUGUGUUAAUACUGUUGUGAUGGACUGAACGUUGUGACCCUUGCCUUUUAAAAGAAAACGAGAGGGGGCAAAGUAUUCGAUGCUCUUAAAAUGUACAUAGUUGGGUUCUUCUAUCUCAAAUUAUUUAAAAUGCGUAAUUCACUUUUUGUAAUCAUUCUAUGCAAUUUUGUGGCAUGGUGUUCCUUCCACUUGUAAUUUUAUGUGCUUUCAUCCCAACUCCAAAGGAAACAAUAAAAAUUUCUUAACACA